AAUUACUCCCUCCGUUUCAUUUUAAUCUACACACUUACACUUUUCACGUAUGCCAAUGUAAAACUUUGAGGACAUAUAUCUUUAGUUUUGUAUUUGUAAAAAUUAUAAAAAGUACAUAUUAAUAAAAUACAUACUAAUACGAAUCUAACAAGAUCCCGCAUAACUAUGUUUUUAUUCACGUAUAAAUCACAAACGAGGGUCAAAGUGCAAUUUGUGAUUAGUGUAAAAUGUCAAAGUGUAUAGAUUAAUUAAACAAAGCUUAUGAUAUACUACUUCCUCCCUCCCAUAUAAAUACUCAAUAUGUCAUCAUUUUCCCGCAAAACAAACUGCAAACAACGAUCAAUUCACAACUUCUUUUCACUCUCUUUCUAAUCCUUUUUUCUUUUUCAUUCUGACAAACAUUUUCCAUUCUUCAUUUGUUCUUGUAAAACAACUACUAUAAAUUCACCCAGCAAAUUUCCCCACAUUAAACAACUACUAUAAAGUACCAAUCAAAUACUACUAUAUGCGUUAUUUUUUCUUCUAUUAGUUUCUUGAAAUCAAUUUACAGAAAAAUGGGGAGGUUAUUUUUAAUCACAUUACAAGGCCGGAUUUACAGUUGCAGACAUUGCGAUACUCACCUGGGAAUUGCCGAUGAUAUCAUUUCUAAGUCAUUCCAUUGCAGACAUGGCAGGGCUUAUCUUUUUAAUAAUGUUGUGAAUAUCACCCUUGGAGAGAAAGAAGAUCGGGUGAUGAUGACAGGAUUGCAUACAGUGGUAGAUAUAUUUUGUGUUGGCUGUGGCUCAAAUGUCGGGUGGAAAUAUGAGGUUGCGGAUGAGAUGAGUCAAAAGUACAAGGAAGGGAAGUUCAUACUAGAGAGAUUCAAGGUGUUAGGCCCUACUGGAAACAUGUAUACGAUCACUCAGGCGCUUCAGCUCUUCAGCGACAUGGAGAACACAGAUGAUGCUUAAUUUGAUUCAACAGAAGUCAAAGACUUUGUGUUGUACAUUCUUUACACCAUUUUAUAGACUUAUAGUGAUCUUGUCAAUUGAUGGUUGUUUGUAAUCUCUUCUACUUUCAUAGUACUUAAUAUCAAGAGGGUGAAUAGUUCUUACAUGUAAUGGAGUUGCAGCUGCUAUGCUUUCUUGUUAGAUAGCAGCCAAUUGAUUUUGGCAUAGUUCUUGUUAGAUGCUAUGUGAAGAACUGAUUUCUUAAUAUCCAGGCUUUCAUAAUAUCUCUUCUA